GCCUACUGAUAGGCCUAAUUUCGCACGCGCAUGUCCUUCAGCUGCCUGACCCGAGAUGUGCAGGGUUGACGAGCGUUUACAGUGUAUUUUAUCGCCGAGGCAACGGGGUGUUCCUUACGUACGUCAGCACAACGACGGAGGUUCCCGCGGUAAGGUGUGUUUGGUUGUGUGUGAGAGACCGAGCGACCGAGCUAGAGAAAGAGAAAGAGAGAAAGAGAAAGCGUGCGCGAGUGAGUGACAGAGUGUGAAGGGGGUAGAGAUCGGUCUAGCGGAAGACAGAGAACAGCUCCACUCAAGAGAAACCGAGAGUGCGCACCAAACGCAUAGCAGACAGGGAAAAUCAUAUUUGGGCUGAACGGUAUGCCACGUUUACCACGGAUGUUGCGGUAGUCAGACUGCCCCUGGGGAGAGGCUCUUGUCAGCGUUUUAUCAUCUCAGGGAUUUCAGAAUGGCUCGGGUGGGAAACGGAGCUGGAAACAAUGACAUUGAUGAGGACUGUUUUGAAGAUGCCUUCGAUCGGAUCCCUGUGGCCUGUAAGAUGGACCUGCAGACAUCCAUUGAGGAGUGCAGCAUGGCCCUUAACCUUGUCCUCAAUAACAAGUUUUCAGAGGCCUUGGAUCUCCUCCGGCCCUGGUCUAAAGACAGCAUGUAUCAUGCACUGGGCUACAGCAGCAUCCUUGUGAUGCAAGCAGCCAUGACCUUUGAGCACAGAGACAUCCAGGCUGCCAUGACGACUAUCAAGGAAGCCCUGCACACUUGCCAGAGGUUCAGAAAGAGAACCUCAGUGGUGGGAUCCAUAUCCAGCCUGGUAACCAAACAAGCCUCAGACAACUUGAAGGAGGAGGAAAUGCAUGCAGAGAUCUGUUAUGCUGAAUGCCUGCUACAAAAAGCCACACUAACCUUUGUACAGGAUGAAAAUAUGAUUAGUUUCAUCAAAGGAGGAAUCAAGAUCCGCACAAGUUACCAGAUUUACAAGGACUGCCAACACCUCUUGAGCGCGGCUCAGGAGGGCGGCGUGGAAACAGAGGCCUUAAGACAGUUUGAGGGUGGAGUCAAGCUGGGGAUUGGCUCCUUCAACCUGAUGCUGUCUCUUUUACCAGCAAAAAUACUGAGGCUGUUGGAGGUCAUUGGGUUUUCAGGAAACAGGGAGUUUGGUCUUUCUCAGUUGAAGGAGGGGGCAGGUAGCAACGGCCUGAGGUCCAUACUGAGCGUGCUCACACUGCUCUUCUACCACACCUACGUUUGCCUCAUACUGGGUACUGGUGAGGGUAACUUGGUCGAGGCAGAGGCCCUAUUGGAGCCUUACCAGGAAAAAUUCCCAAAGGGUUCCAUCAUCCUGUUCUACACAGCCAGGAUUGCUACACUCAGGGGCAACUUUGAGAAGGCUCAGUUGAAGUUCCAGGAGUGUAUUGGUGCACAGCAGCAGUGGCGACAGAUCCACCACCUGUGCUACUGGGAACUGAUGUGGUGUCACUCAUUCCAGCAACAGUGGGGACAAGCACUCAAGUACGCAGACCUGCUCUUCAAGGAGAGCCGCUGGUCCAAGGCAAUCUAUAUGUACCAGAAGGCGGCCAUUUUGAGCAUGAUGUCGGAGGAGGAAGUGCGUCAGACUGGUGAGAAUGUGGUGGAGCUCUUCAGGCAGGUUGAAGGGCUGAAACAGCGUUUAGCAGGGAAAUCCAUCCCCAUUGAAAAGUUUGCUGUGAGGAAGGCUCGGAGAUAUGCAUCACCCACACCUGUCAAACUGGUCAUUCCUGCCCUGGAGAUGAUGUAUAUAUGGAAUGGCUUCACCAUUGCUGGAAAGAGGUCAGAUGCUGCGGAGGCCCUCCUGAUCACCAUCGAGAAAGCAGAGCAGAACCUACGCACCACCCCCAAUGAGUACACUGUGGAUGACGAGUGUUUGGUGCAGCUGUUGAAGGGUUUGUGCCUGAAGCACCUGAAUCGGCUACUGCAGGCAGAGCUCUGUUUCACACAGGUGCUGGCUAGUGAGAAGAGGAUCCGAUACGAUCACUAUCUUGUUCCCUUCACACUCUAUGAGCUUGGGUUACUUUACAAACUACAGGGGGAUUUCGCCAAAGCAACCAAAUACGUUGAAGAUGCAAAGUUGAACUACAAAGAUUACUCCAUGGAAUCACGACUCCACUUUAGAAUCCACGCAGCGCUGAACAGUCUGAAGAGCUCCCCAGUGAGCACACCAUAACACACAAAGACACCAACACACACACACCAUAACACACAAAGACACACCAACACACACACACCAUAACACACCCAGACACACCAACACACACACACACCAUAACACACCCAGACACACCAACACACACACAUAAGCCAUUCUAGCCAUCUAGCCAGCAACUCAUUACUCUGCUGCACCUACAGGGCUUCUGGAUGGGUGCAAUGAGAAGUCAUUCUUCAUUCUCACCAAAGAAAGACAAAUGCUUGAAAUCCCCCCCCCCCCCACACAUAUACACACACACACACAUAAACACAAACAUAGACAUGAACCUUGUAAGCACACUCUGUAUCACACACAAGCAAACACUUACACACAAGCAAACAUGCACAGGCACGCACACACACACAUACACACACACACACACACACACACACACAUACAAACAACAGGGAGGGGAGGCACAAAGAUGUGUGUUAGCUGGUAAUGACACACUCAGAUGUAAACACUUGGAUUCAUGAGGAGAUUCUACUGAAGGGAUGUAAAGAUUUCAAACCGAGACCAAAUACAACUGUUUGUGUGUUUCACUCCUAUGGGUGCAAUAAUUAACAUUUUGAUGGCCAUUAUCGAUAUUAGUCUUUUGCUGUUGUUAUAUUAUAGUGUCUUAUUAUGUAUGUCUUAACUGUCGAAAGUCUGCUUUGGGCUGCCUUUGAUGCCUCUCAGCAAUCUGAAGGAAAGAGGGUAAAAAUGUUUUUUAUGAAGCAAUAAUAUUGUAACAAUAUUAAUAACAGUAAUCAUUUAAACCUUCCUGCUAUGUCAUUUGCAGUGAUUGUGUGUUUUUCUUUUUUUUUGGUAAACAAUAUAAACAAGUAAAUGAUGCUGGCUCUUGGAAAUUAACAUAUUCUCUCUCGGACCAUCAUAUACUGAAUCCACACAUGAAAACACACUGACAAACUUGCUGACGUGUGUGUGUUGAAUGUGUGUGUGUUUAUUGAACUAGCUGGGAUACAACUGAUACAUAUAUUUGUGUGUGUGUGUUUAUGUAGAGAUGUUCUUAAAGCCAUAACCUGCUUAUAGAUCAGAAGUGUCUCGUGUGUGUGGGGGGGGGGGGGGGGGGCUAGUCAGCAUUAUAAGAUAGCACAAAUAUGGAAUGUAUGUCUGCUCUGUGUAUGUGUAUGUAAGCACGCAUCUAGUCUGGUCUGUAUGUUGUUCUGUUGUUUGUGUGUGUGUGUGUGUGUGUGAGAGAGAGAGAGAGAGAGAGAGAGAGAGCGCACAGUGUAUGUUUUGUGAGAGGAAUUUCUGUCUUUGAAGUCUUUUAGUGCCUGAAUUACUGUUAUGUUUGAUUAGCAGUGUGUGUGUGAAUGUGUGAAUCCAUGUGUCACUGCUGCUGUACAAUGACCAAUAAAACAAGUACACUCCACAGGCA